GCGUGCGCUGCGCGUAACCCACGCCUGUUCAAGCAUCCCGUUAGACGUACAUCUUGAGCUCCCGAACCCCACCGUACCGCAACCGGAAGGCUACGCAUCACCGCAAGUCACGUCCGGCGCACGAAGGCUGGAGCCCCUCAAGCGGCUUCUGGGACCAGCCUAGCACAAGAGGAGGCCGCCAGCUCGUCCCAUGCCGCGCCUCUUGCCAUCCCAGGUCAGCCCCUACGACCUCGCCCUGAGAGACUAUGGCGGCCUUCGUGCGGGUGUCGGGCCCGCCGAACAGUAAUUUUUUGAUCGGAUACCCUGGGAUAUCGGCGACGCUGCCCAGGAUAGAAGGUAAAGUCGAGAUUCGCCCGUCGGUGGGCAUAUCAGCGCCUGUCCAAGUCUCCCUCGUGACCAUUGCCCUCCAGCGUCGAGAGACAAUACAUCCGGCCGCCGAUUCGGUCACCAGGAGGCAUCUAGCGGCGCCGCGCAAGGAGAUCUCGGACAUUGUUGGGAAGGAGAUGCUCUUAUUCCGAUGUCCUGUGGGGAAAGAGUAUGAAAGCGUGCUCUGCAUGGACCUCCCCUUUGUGAUAUUCAUACCAUAUGGCCGGGGUGGCGAGGAGGUAGCUAGAAGGGUACCACCAGCCAGCCUACAGCUAGCCAACCGGACAGCGGAGACAUUCUACGAACUCGUAGUGACGGUCCAACAAGGGCAUUCGGAGCAGAAGAAAUACGCCUUUCCGGUCCCCAUAUUGCGAUAUGACACGCUAUCCACCUUUGGCAUGUACAACCGACCCGAAAGCGCAGAGAGAGUGACGGAUCAUCUUGUCACACUUGGGAUUAGUCUGCCUAGGUGGAGCUAUGGGCCUUUGGAUCCCGUCGCAGUAUACAUCAAACUAAGUCCGAACCCGGAUUGGCUAAGUAAAGCCAAGAAGGUCACUAUCAAGCAGAUCACCGUUGGAAUAGACGAGGAAAUCAUCUACAAUCAUGAGGGAGACGAGCCGACAAGGAAGGUGAAGACUCUGGCGAAGACGACGCAGGCGGUGGGGGUGAAGAUGCCCGACGCAGGGUAUUACACAAAUUUGGGAUUGGUUUUCCCGGCAAAAGAUCUGAGGGAUUCAGACGGCAUAAUACCAAGGGGGAAGAAGGAGUUCCCUAUGUAUGCUGUUAGCGGUUUCACGACUACUGGCACCUUGUAUAAGAUCGAGUACUAUCUCACGGUCAAGGCGCAAAUGUCCGGCGCAAGAGACAUCCUCCUCCGGCACCCCAUCGUCGUCUGCCCCUUUGACCACGCCGGCUGCAAGGAAGAAAUGGAGGCGAUCGAGCAGGCCGCAAAGGACGCCGCCAUGGUCAGCCCAGACAACCCGAUGCUACCUCCUAGCACCAUCAUCCGGGCCAAUGAUCCCGAGGGCCUCAGAGCUUUGGGCAUGGCCAUUGUACAGGGAGUCCGGAAACCAGUUAUUGAUUGAAGAUACCCACCCUCGUUGAGCGAUUGCGACUUUUGUGUUUGGUAGAGCCGAUCAUAAGCGCUUGGGCUUCAUUGGCUACGCGCACUUUCCCCUAGACGCGAUCUGCCUGUUGGCUCGAGCGAAAGUCACGCGCUUGCGUGCAACAUAGACAGCACAUGUAGCUGUCA